AUGGCAUUCUCUUCCUCGCUGACCCAGAUCUGGCCGCCGCGACCGACCUUUACCGAGAAAGAUGUCCCUAGCCAAGAGGGACGGGUUUUCAUUGUCACCGGUGGAAACCAGGGCGUUGGGUACGAGCUCAUCAAGAUGCUAUACCCUACCGGUGCCGUUAUCUACAUGGCCAGUCGCUCUAAGGAACGCGCUGAACAGGCCAUCAAGGAAAUCGUGUCUACGGACCCAUCCGGCUCUGCGCGCCUUCGGUUCCUUCAUCUCGACCUCGACGACCUCAAUGCGGUCCGGAGUGCUGCCGAAACAUUCUCCCAGCAAGAAUCACGCCUCGAUAUUAUAUGGAACAAUGCCGGGAUUGGCUCUGUGAAGGUCGGCUCCAAGACUAAGCAGGGAAUCGAGGCCCACAUGGGAGUCAAUGUCAUCGGUCCUUUUCUCUUCACUCAGCUCCUCCUCCCUAAAUUGCAGGCGGCGGCGGUAGCCUCUCCAAAGAACAGCGUCCGCAUCAUUUGGACCAGCUCUUAUACUGUAGAGUCGUUAUCCCCGAAUGGUGGCUACAACCUCGAGGACAUCGAGAAGGGAGGGACCAACAGCGCCUACACCAACUAUGCCAUGUCCAAGGCGGCAAACUGGAUGGUUGCUGACGAGGCCGGGAAGCGCUAUGGAAAGGACGGUAUCAUCAGCGUGGCUCAGAAUCCGGGAAACCUGAAGACCCAUAUCUACGACACCCAGACCAAACUCAUGAUGUUCUUCAUAAACUGGCUGCUACAUCCACCAAAGUUAGGCGGCUAUACCGAACUAUAUGCGGGCCUCAGUCCAGAGAUCACAGAGAAGCAGCAGGGCGGGCUCAUCAUCCCGUGGGGUAGAUUCCAGGCCCGAAAUCCGAGGGAGGAUAUCUACAAAGCACUAGAGGAAGGCAAGGGAAAGGAAUUGUGGGAUUGGAUCGAAGCUCAGAUCAAGGCGCAUGCUUGA